UUGGCUCACACAUAUCUCACUGCUCCCAGUAGAGGCUAUCGUUCCUCACCCCGGCUCCUUAGUGCAAAGCGAGGGAGGACGAGGGAGCCAUGGCCAGCUACAAGAGCAGCCUGCGGAUCACGCUGCCCAUCACCUGCGUCAUCUUUGAGACGAUCCUCAUCAUCCUGUUCGCCAUGCUGGUGGAGUACGACCAGGAGACGGACGCCAACUUGUGGCACCAAAAGCUGCGCAACCACAGUGAGACGAACUACAACAAUGACUUCUACUACCGCUACCCCAGUUUCCAGGACGUGCACGUGAUGAUCUUCAUCGGCUUCGGUUUCCUCAUGACCUUCUUGCAGCGUUACGGCUUCAGCAGCGUGGCCUUCAACUUCCUGAUCGCCGCCUUCUCCCUGCAGUGGGCUACCCUCAUGCAGGGCUUCCUCCACGGCAUGCAGCACGGCAAGAUUCACGUUGGGGUGGAGAGCAUGAUCAACGCAGAUUUUUGCACGGGCUCGGUCCUGAUCUCCUUCGGGGCCGUGCUGGGCAAGACCAGCCCGGUGCAGCUGCUGGUGAUGGCCAUGUUUGAGGUGACGCUGUUCGCCGUCAACGAGUUCCUGCUCCUCUCCAUCCUGGGGGCCAAGGACGCGGGAGGCUCCAUGACCAUUCACACCUUUGGGGCUUAUUUCGGCCUGGUGGUAGCACGGGUGCUUUACCGCCCCCAGCUGGAGAAAAGCAAGCACAAAAACUCCUCAGUUUACCACUCAGACCUCUUCGCUAUGAUUGGCACCAUCUUCUUGUGGAUGUUCUGGCCCAGCUUCAACUCCGCCGUCACGGCGCACGGUGACGACCAGCACCGCACCGUCAUGAACACCUACUACUCCCUGGCUGCCUGCACGUUGUCCACAUUCGCAAUGUCCUCAUUGGUGAACCGUGGUGGCAAGCUUGACAUGGUGCACAUCCAGAAUGCAGCCAUCGCCGGUGGAGUUGCAGUGGGGACCGCAGGAGAGAUGAUGCUCACUCCCUUCGGCUCCAUGGUCGUGGGAUUCCUAGCUGGCAUCAUCUCCACCCUGGGCUACAAGUUCCUGUCGCCUGUCCUGGAGAAGAAGCUGCGCAUCCAGGACACCUGUGGGGUCCACAACCUGCACGGCAUGCCAGGCAUCCUGGGGGCUGUGGUGGGGGCCGUCACCGCCUGCCUGGCCACUAGCGACGUAUAUGGGGAGGGGAUGGAAGAUGUCUUCCCAGAAAUCUACAAUGGGAAGUUCUUGGCCUCCACCCAGGCCACGCGACAAGCCAUCGGUCUGGCAGUGACGCUGGGCAUGGCCCUCUUUGGGGGCAUCAUCGUGGGUUUCAUUAUGAAGUUGCCCAUCUAUAGUUCUCCUCCUGACACCAUCUGCUUUGAAGAUUCAAUAUACUGGGAGGUAUGAUAUUACGAUAACAACCAUCUGCUUUUCUUAAUAUGACCAUUUGUGAUUAGUUUUUAAUUCAGACUUCAUAUUCUGAGAUAUUACAGGUAAUUAUCCAUCCAUCAGUCCAUCAAUAUAUCCAUCUAUUUUACAACAUCUUAU